UGAACACGUUCGGGUAGUGCGUGUUUUGGAUAAACGAUAUAAUUUUAACUCUAACGAGGUUUUGUUAGGGUUACAAUGUUUUUGGACGCUAAUUCAGUUUCAGGCGAUGAUAAUAAUUAACAUUUAAAAAAAUGUAAAGCCGCGUUUACCUCUAUAUCGGUAUUUACAGUAUCCGGCAAAUGGUCCAUGAGCGCCAUCAAUAUCGUACUUCGGGAUUUUAUUGAUAUUUAAAAUAUAAUAUCAAACUUUAUGCUUUUAAUAAGAGCAGUGUUUAAGAUGUUAUCAAAAAUGGAUAAUCAAAAAUGGAAGAAGAAGUAUUCAAGCCGAGGUGGAAAAUCGAAAUGGCUAGGCGAAAAUGGGAUUAAAAGACCUCCAGGGUUAAGAGGCAGAGAAAUUGGAAUGUACUAUAAACAUCAAAGUGAAACACAACCGAAGGAAAAAUUUAUUAACCUUAAAAUACCACAAUGUGUUCUGAACACUGUGGAUGAAAAUAUAAUUGCUAUUGAAAAGAUAGCUGUGAAAGAAAAUAUUUCUAUACCAGAUUUAAGAAUGGAUUUUAAUUCUAAAAGCUCACAAAAUAAUCAUCCCACUAUCAAGAUUGAAGGUGGUGAAGAUAAUGCUGAAUCAUCUAAAGUAACAAGGACAUCUUCAAAUGAUCUCAAUAAUGACGCAAGUAAGAGUAUGACUGAUGAUCAAAGCAGCAAAUUGAGUUUUAAUAAUAUUAACGCUUAUGCUAUUAAAGAGGAGAUUGAAAAACUUGAACAUAAUUUAAAUACCGUUAAACCAGAGAGUGUGGUUGAGUUAGAUGAUUCCGAUAAAGAUAGAUUCCUUGAUUUAAGAGAACAGAACCAUUUCAAAUAUGGCUACAUGGAUAUAAUAACCGGUAGCUUUGAAGAAAAGUUAAAGGAAUGUAUCAAUCAAAGAAUAUUAGUAGGUAACACGGGCCCUGAUAUUGUAAAGAUGAAUGCCACGUAUCAAAUGGAAUAUGAUGUUAUGAAACAUCAAAAGUCAUAUAAAAGCAUGUUAGAGCUUCGGGAAAUGCUGCCAACCUAUAAGGAGAGGGAGCGAAUAUUAAAUAUGAUCAAAACAAAUCAAGUUAUUGUUUUAAGUGGUGAGACAGGUUGUGGAAAAUCAACACAGAUACCACAGAUUAUAUUAGACGAUGCUUUAUGUAAUGGCAAAGGAGCUAAUUUAAAAAUCCUUGUAACUCAACCAAGACGAAUUGCUGCCUCAUCAUUAGCAAUGAGGGUUGCAAAAGAGAGGGCUGAAAAUGUUGGUAAAUCUGUUGGAUAUAGUGUGAGACUAGAACGUGUAGAGCCCAGGCAACGCGGAAGCAUUAUCUUUUGUACCACUGGAGUAUUACUGGCUGAGCUAGAAGUAAACCAAGGCCUCACUUCAUUCAGCCACAUUAUAUUGGACGAAGUCCAUGAACGAGAUACUCAUGUUGACUUAGCAAUGUGUAUGCUUAAAAAGAUUUUAGAAGUACGCAAGGACUUAAAGCUCAUUCUCAUGAGUGCCACACUAGAUGCAGAUGUUUUAUCAACGUAUUUCGAUGAUUGCCCAGUGGUUAAAGUUGAAGGGCUAGCUUACCCUGUGAGAGAUGUUUAUUUGGAAGAUAUCCUUGAAUUAACACGUUAUCAGCUUAAAGAACCGUUUAAGAAAAUAAAAGAACCGAAUCCGCGGAAAUGGCGCGGUAAGGGGCAGGACACAGAGAAAGAAAGCGAUAAGCAAUAUCAAACUGAAAUUGGACCAUGGCUUGAGUCCAUUAAGAAAAAAAUCCCCACACACGUAUACAAUACUCUCAAUGACCCGAGGAUCGAAGAUAUUCAAAUAGGAUUAAUAGUUGAACUUUUAAUUUACAUUUGCAAAGGAGAACCGGGGGCCAUUCUUGUAUUUUUACCAGGCAUUAGUGAAAUAAGUAAGCUUAUACAGCAAAUGGAAGAGAGCAAUCAUUUCCCUAGCAGUUUAUAUCAAAUAUAUCCACUCCAUUCAAAAUUACCGACGUUGGAGCAACAUAAGAUCUUUGAACGACCACCGAAAAAUAUCAGGAAAAUAAUAAUAGGAACAAACAUUGCGGAGACUUCAAUAACAAUUGAUGACAUUGUUUAUGUUGUUGAUUGUGGAAAGAUUAAAAUGAGUGGUUUAAAUGUUAAAGAGAACAUAAUUACUUUGAAUAAUGAAUGGGUGUCAAAAGCUAAUUUACACCAGAGACGUGGUCGCGCCGGACGCUGUCAACCAGGCGUGUGUUUUCAUCUGAUAACGUCACACCGAGCGUCUCUCCUCGCAGAUAGACUCCUGCCUGAACUACAACGGAGUAAUCUGCUGGAGCCAGUGUUGACCAUCAAGAAACUAAGACUCGGACUAGCUGCCGAAGCAUUCCAACUAGUGCCAUCGCCUCCCGCUGCCUCGACCGUGGAUUGGGCAAUCUCUCACUUGCAAAAGUGCGGUGCACUGGAUGACCGUGAAACACUGACCCCUCUAGGUUGGCACCUGGCCAGACUGCCCGUUCACCCAGCGGCCGGGAAACUGUUGUUGCUCGGAGCCCUAUUCGGUUGUCUCGACCGGGCGGCCAGUGUCGCAGCUGUGUGGAGUUUUAAGGACCCGUUCCAACUUGUCAUCGGUAAAGAAGCAGAGGUAAAAGCCACGAAACGCGAGUUUGCUAUGGGCGAGCCAAGCGACCACAUGGCAUUGGCCGAAGCUGUCAUGCAGUGGGAGAUUUGUUCGGGCAGAAACAGGCGUUCGUUCGCUUACGACCACUUCCUGUCCGCACACACACUGCACCUGCUCGUCGACAUGAAGACACAACUGGGGCACAAUCUGAAAUGUAUGGGGUUCCUGCCAAGUGGUGAUGUGUAUUCCUCGUGGGAGAACAGAAACUGGGAGAAUCUGAGUCUUUUCAAGGCGAUUAUUGCGGCGGCCUUGUAUCCUAAUAUUGCGGCUGUGAAGUGGCGAAUUCCAAGGAACCCCAGAAAGGUUCCAUCCAUAACGGUGACUUGCCCACAAGACGGUAAAGUGGUGUGUCACCCCAGUAGUGUAAUGGCCGCCCAGUUUUCGGCAAGGCCUCAAACUCAGAAGAAACUGUGUGAUAAUCCGGGCGCUAACUGGCUCGUGUACUGGCUGAAGCAGCGAUCUUCAGACCUAUUUCUGAUAGAUGUAACACUUGUGUACACGCUGCCUUUGCUGUUUUUCGGCGAGUUCGCCGUCAAGGACGAUCCGAAGGAUUCCCUGAACUGCCUCGUCUCGAUCGGUUCGAUUAAUGUGCGCGUUCGGAAGGAUUGCGCCGAACGACUGUUUAAACUACGGUACCUCUUGGACCAAGUACUUGCGCGAAAAGUGAUGGUGGGUAGCACGCACGCUAUCAAACGCAGCCAAUUUGAAGAAAUGGUCCUCAAGACUGUUAUUCGAGUUAUAACUGCAGAAGAUGAGCAGGUUGACUACAUAGAAGAUGAUAACAUGAGUUUCUCGGAUUGAAUCACUUAAUCGUCGAAAAAUACGCUACUUUUCAGAAGAGCAGAAAAACCGUUAAUAGCAUUAAACAACUGUUUACCCUUCUUAUUUCAAAACAAAGUUUAUGUUUUGUUUUUAAGGCAUUUUUUUUUAAUUAGGAGGGGCUUAUUUUGUGUGUGUGGGCAAGUUGGUCGCGGGAGACCUCGUAGAACAUUCGCCAACCAAAUUGGGGAAGUUUUGAAAAAAGAAAAGGUCCGAAGCACUCGGUACCGGCGAGCAUGUAUGAAAAGAGUAAUGAAUGUAGAGGAAGAAUUGUAAUUGUAAUUGAAAAUAUAGAACAAAAUUUGGACAUAAAAUAACAUUGAGGAAAAAAAUACGAAUGUAAUUUAAUUAAAAAAAAGAAAAAAAUAUUUAAGGCGCUGUCGAUUUUUGUUUGGGCUAUAUUCAAAUACUCAUAUCUGUCACCCUUAGCAGUUCUACCAGGACAAUUUAUAUAAUAAAUAUUUUUAUUGGAGAUAUCUUCAAAAAAAUCAUAAUUCAUAAAGUUGACGUGGAAGGGUUGUUUAGGUCUCACGUCUUUAGAAAUCCUUGUAUUAUCACAUACAAGAAGCUUAGAUUUUUGAAUAUAGGGUAUGCAAUUGGCAUGCACCGCCUAUUAGAUGGGUUGGUCUCAUUGAGUCAUGAAGAACUUUUAAACUUACCCUUACUAUCUCGGCCUUAUCCUAAAUAUUCGUUCCCCUCGCUCUCAGGACUGUACUAGAAUUUUUGAUCCAUUUUUCUUAUCCGCGCACCUUUUUGAGCGCUUUUUUCUACUGGCGCUAAGAUCAACGUAUUCUUCAGUCUCAUCUAACUGCUUUCGUGUUUACAAUAUCACCAUGUACAGAUGGUAGUAGUCUUUCUUCUUCUUCAAGGUUACGUUAAUUGUCAAAGCACUUAAUAUGAGUUUGGAAGUGCGGUUCAGUUGCAUCUUUAAUGGAUUCAGAGAUAACUUUAGACCGCUCCAGCAUAUCUGUCAGUGCAGACAUUGGUGUAUGUAGCAAGGGGGGUAGAGAAAGGUAGUUGCUGUGUAUUUGAAUAUGAUAUUUUAAAGGUGGUCCAUCGAUUUCAGGUUGUUUCUCAUCAGCUGAUAGAAUAACCAGUGGAUUAUCUACUUUUUAAUAUAAUAGAGGGCAAACGGGUUUACUCACGCACAUGGAAAUCCGCAAAACCAGGGGUCAAGAGAUGCGUUGCCGGCCUUUAAGUUGGGAGUAUUCUCUUUGCUUAAAGGUCCGUACGGCAACAUAAUUUUGACGUAAUAUCCGUUGGUGGACUUCGGCCGCACCUGAACAAAUCUUCUGAGUACUCCCCGUGAUAUAUGCGGUUAAAAAAGUAUAGAGAACCCAUAUGUCUACGCAACGCCAAAGAAUCAAGCCAACUUGAUUGGCGGUCAAUUAUAAGAAGCCGGUACUAGGGAGUGCCCGCCUAGAGGUCAGAACAAUACUCCAUGUGAGGCCCAAUUUACGCCUCAUGUAGUGGUAGGCGGUAGCAUGAAGUUAAGUAUUGUCUCGUCUUACUGAGAAUCAGUAUAUGGUUCAAUAUGUUUGCUCAUUUCCAUUCCAGUGCUAGUACACAAUGCCUACUUUGCUUGCAUGUAUGCUUUUAAUGUCUAUUCCACGCUAUUGAUAUUCUUGCUACUAAUAUUGUCUCUUACAUUUAUAGGCUUGUUGUGACUGUUGGGGAUUAUUUUAUUCCUACGUGCAAACAUUUCUAAGCCUAAUUUCGUACUGCCUUAGUCAAGAGGCUGUAUGAUAACAUCUAAUUCUCUACGUGUUUCAGUUAUAGCCACAUCAUAUUUUAUUUUGGCAUUGAAAUCUUCUAUUUCUACUACUCUUUUGACAGCAUAAAUAGAUUGUGCCAUAUCGUUGCGUUCGUGUUCGCUUGAUCUCUAUGUUAGAGCAUAAACUUGAAUUAUUGAUAUCGGAAGUUCACCAAAUUUUAAUUGUUCAAGGGCCACUCUCUAAGUGAUUCUAAAUAUAACGUUAUUGUGUUCUAUUUGUUUUUUUUUUUUGGUUUUGAAGAACCAUAUUCCACGGAGCCCCUUUGUUUGACCGAUAUAUCUAUAUAGUCAUGAUAUUCUUCGAUAUAACAACUCAUCUGACAGCCCUAAAAUGUCACAUUAUAUUUUCCAGUGACUUCAAUUUAUCUCUGUAUUUGUAUAGAGAACUACUAACGUUGAAAUGUUAAGCGAAGCAAGGUCAUUUAUUUCUGAUUCAUUAUUUUUAGCUUUAGCUGGACAAUAGUGGUCUGAAUUCCUCGAAAACCAGUCGAAUUGGGAAUUUUGGUCUCAUGUAGGCUUCCUUCGUGCUUUUGGUUCCGGCCGCUGAUGAUUAUUGCCUUAUGGGUUUUUAUUUAUUACAGGCUAUUUUCGAAAGAGAGUUGCUUCUUCCUCUUAUAAUAUCAAAAGCAUUUAUUCUAUGUUACUUUGCCGAAGCGUUUUGAUUCUUUAGUUCGAUGAUUGUAGCAGUCUUGGUAAAAAAGUCUCUUUUCCGUAUUUAAUUUCCAGUGAUACUUUUCUAGACUUGUCAUAGUUUAGGGUGGCGUACUUGCCGUUAUUCGUUAAUUAGAAUAAUAAGCUUUGGGUGUAAUUCUCUUCUCUUGUCUAGGACUUAUUUGAGAAAAAUGUAAGUCUAAAAAAAAUCUGUUUUGGGAAAUAUAAAAUUUCUGUCAAUUGUUUAAAUGAGACUAAUACAGGCUCUCCUGUAUUAGUCUCAUUCCUAUUUCUAUGAAUGUAGAUAACAGCGGAUAAAUAAUAAUACUUUAUAUAAGUAUACCUAAUUUAAAUUUUGUAGAUAAAAAUUUUAUAACUAAUGUGGAAUAGUUGUCUCAUUUUUUGUUCAAGUUACUGUGACUUUCUGUAUAAUACUAAUCUAUAACGCCUCACCAUUGUUUCAAACUGUUUUGAUUCGCCAAUCGAUGUGUCUGGCGAUCUUUAAUUCUUGAAUGGUUUAUAAAUGUAUUUCGGUUAAAAUUUAGACGCCCGCGGUGUCAGAAUAUAUGUGACGCUAUGUGUAUCUUACAUCUAACGUAUGUGUAGAUAUCUUAUUUAUUAAAAAUAUGUGUUUUUGUUAA